UGACGUAUAAAGUCUCGGGAGCGGCAUCAUUGUGCGUCUUUGAAACCCAAAUUCAACUAGGAAGUCUGCCUGACUCGAAGUGAGCAGGGAACAGUAAAGUUACCUUUGAAGACAUACAGUAUGGCCAUGGAUCAUGAUGUUUGAGAAUGAUGACUAGAAAGCAAUAAGUAAUUCUUCUCCCUGUUUGUGAAUGAUGACUAGAAAGCAAUAAGUAGUACUCCUCCCUCUCAAAUGGCACCUCUUCUUAGGUUUGGUGAUGAGUAACCUAAUGAAGAAUGAGUGCACAGCUAGUCUUGAGGCAACGGGCAGAGCUUGUCCAAGCAUUAUGCUGUGGAGGAACCUCAGAGGGCCUGGAGAGCAUUCUAGACCUCCUCUUAUCCUGGGGUUCGCUUGUGUGGGAGGACUACCUAAGCGUCUGUGUGGCAGGCAAGACCUUGAGCUCCAGAACCAGAGAUCUUCUAGACCUCGUUUAUUCAAAAGGGGACAGCGCAUGCUGUCAUCUCCUGGCUGCUUUCAGUCAGGUUCUUCCCGAUGCGCAGAAGAACAACCUGAGCUUUGGGAAAUGCUCAGAUGUCCAGAAUUCCCAGGAGAUGCCGACCUCUGCCACACUGACACUGUUGAGUGAUAGGCCUGGAAUGGUGACAAAGCUUCGUCAGUGUGUUGAUGGGGCACUGGAUGUCUUGUUUCAGAAAGGAUUCCUCACGUCCUCUGAGUGUGAGGGAAUCCAACUUCCUGUGUACACCUCUUCGCAACAGGUAAGACGCUUGCUUGACCUAGUUCAGUUUAAAGGGGAAGGAGCAGCAAACAUGCUUCUACAAUUCUCACAGAAAAUAGCAACGGCUGCUGUGUUACCCCACGAAAAUGAGAAGUCAGCUCAAUCAGCCUUUGUAUCAGAGUUCCAAAAGAAGCUGUGCAGUUCUAUUUCAGCACAGUCCCAUUUUCUCAGCACUUACAGUGGCACAGGCAAAUUCUCCCUGGACGACAUCUACACUGAGGGCCUGCUAGAACUUGGGCAGGGGGGCAAGGAUACACAAAUGUCUCUAAACCUCAAGGAUGUGGUGGGACGUGUGGGGACCCUCAACAAGGAGGCCGACACAGUCCUGAUAUCAGGGGAGGCAGGUUGUGGGAAGAGCACCUUCCUGCAGAGGCUUCAUCUGCUCUGGGCCAGGAGAGCAGCAUUGCACGACUACCUCCUGCUCUUCCCUUUCAGCUGCAGAAAGCUCAACACAGAAGAACGAGAGCUUUCUCUAAAGGAAUUGUUGUUCCUGCACUGCUGUUGGCCUGACAGGGACCAGGAUGAGCUCUUCCAGUUCAUAUUGGAUCACCCUGACCUGGUGCUGUUCACUUUCGAUGGCCUCGACGAGUUUAAACAGACUUUCUCCGAUGACCGGAGGCAUUGCUGUCCCACUAAACCUGCAAAAGUGUCUGUGUUGUUCUUCAACCUGCUGCAGGGCUCCUUAAUGAAGGGUGUUCAGAAGUUGGUGACCAGCCGGCCGGAGGCAGUCCCACCCACACUGAGGCAGUAUCUAUGCAAGGAGGUUCUGCUGAAAGGGUUCUCCACAGAUGGGAUUGACUGCUUUGUAAGGAAGCAUCACUCUGACCCUGGAGUCGCCUCCCGUGUGUUGGAGUCAAUACGCAGUAACACUGCACUAUUAGGCCUUUGCCACAUUCCAGUCUUCUGCUGGAUUGUGUCUAAGUGCUACAAAGAACUCCUCGGGUUUGGCAACAGCAGCCUUCAAACCAUUACUGAUGUGUACCUCAUGGUGUUGCACCACUUCUUUCAUCACAGAGUCUGUAAAGGGAAAAGGUCAGAAAAGAGCUGGGUCCAAGAACAUCUUCACACAAUCAUGCGCCUUGGUAAGCUUGCAUUGCAGGGUCUUCACAACUCUCACUACAUGUUCCCAGAAACCGAGGUGCAGAAUUGUGGCGUUACGGAGGAUGAUAUUGGCAAAGGUUUCCUCAUCCAAAGUAAGAACAUCUCCUUUGACAACAAACACUACGAAUUCCUGCAUGUCACCAUGCAGUGCUUCUUCGCUGCUCUUUUCAUCACCCUGGACAUCAACAGCAACGACAAACUCACAAUUCAAAGGCUCUUCGUGACCGAGUGCACGUCUAAAGGGUGCUUGGGAAUUUGCCAAGCCAAGAGGCCAGACGGGCCAGGCACAGAGGCUCCAAACCUUCAAAUCACUUCCACGUUUGUCUCCGGCCUCUUAUCCCAGCGCCAUCAAGGACUGCUACUACAGUGCUGUCCUGUCCAGACACUUCACAAAAGAUCCAAGCUGGUGGUGAAGUAUGUGUCCAGAGGUAUGCAGAAUCAUUUUAAAUCCAUCCCGCCACCGGUCAAAGGGGAAAAAAAGAGCAUGCAUGCGAUGCCAAGCUUCGUAUGGCUCAUCAAGUGCAUUUACGAGAUGCAAGAGAGCGAGGUCGCCAAAAACGUUGUGUCCAAGCUGGAUGUGGAGCACCUGAAACUGACCUAUUGCAGCAUAGGCCCAUUGGAGUGCACCGCUUUGGCCUUCGUCCUGCAACAUCUCAAGUGUCCAGUUGGGCUACAGCUGGAUAGCAAUGCAGUGGGAGACGUGGGAGUAGAGCAGCUUCUGCCCUGUCUGCAUGUCUGCCACUCCCUCUAUUUGAGAAACAAUAACAUCUCUGAUGAGGGGAUUGCUAAACUUGUUGAGAAGGGCGUUCAGUGUGAUAGCUUCCAAAAGAUUGCGCUCUUCAAUAAUAAGCUAACUGAUGUUUGCACACAACACCUGGCUUAUCUUCUCAAAACAAAGAAGAAUUUCUUGUCUCUGCGGCUUGGGAAUAAUAACAUAACAGCUGCUGGGGCUGAACAGUUGGCUGAAGGCCUGAGAUGCAGCCAGUCACUUCAGUUUCUGGGUCUCUGGGGAAACAAAGUUGGAGACAAAGGAGCUCAGGCACUUGCUCGUGCGCUGGAAAACAGCCAAGCACUUGUGUGGAUGAGUCUGGUAGACAAUGGAGUUGGCAGUGCAGGGGCGCAGGCACUUGCAAAAGUCAUUCAGAACAGCACCACAUUAGAGGAGCUGUGGUUGAGUAAAAACUGCAUCACCAGAGAUGGAGUACAAUAUCUAGUGCAAGCCCUUGAGAAAAAUUCAAGUGUUACAGCGAUAUGGUUGAGGGGUAACAAUCUCAGUCCAGAGGAGGUUGAAGAAUUUUCUCUGAAAGAACGCAGACUUACCUUCUAGGCAAUAGGCCUACUUGACAUGUUCUUGCUCUGCAGCUCAGUACUCAGUAAAAAGGCUUAUAGAACCUGAUAAUGUAAUAACUUCCCAAUGAUCUAAUAACAUGUUGGUUUCAGAACCAAAUAAUGUAAUAAUUUCCCAAUACUGUAAUAAUUUGGUCAGUGUUUUGGUAGCAUGCCACCAGUAGUUGGGGCUCAUCCACUGUGUGUGUCUACCUUUUGUCUCCAAGCAGAGAAGUUGUGUACUGUACCCAUAGUGUCUCAAAUUAGCAGUUUGGGGCCAAGCAGAAAAGUUUAUUUCAUUUGUUUUGCUUCUACCUUCCCUCAUUAUGCAUCGUCUGUCUUCUGCCAUCGGACUCAAUGAUAAGCUCUAGAAAUGUAGAUACUGUAGAUCCUUUAUUGAUCCCCAAGGAGAAAUUCAAGGUCCCAGCAGCUUAAGUCACCACACACAACAUACACUACAAUGUAAACAAGAUGAUGAAAACAAAACAACAAAUCAACAUGACUAAAAAGAGCAGUAAAAUAUAGCCUACUAAAGAUAAAGAUGCACAUGAAUGUACUGAGACUGGUAUUGUGAUCCAGAAUGAGGUGUGCGUCAAGGUGGUAGUGCAACAGUCCCAGGUGCAACAGUGCAACAAUGCAUGGUUAAAGUCUAGUGACCAGCAAUAA